GGGGGCAGGGGGAGGGUUGGAUGCAGGGGAGCAAGCCUCCGACUGCGGAAGAGCCAGAGCCGGAGACUGCUAGAGCAGGUCUAGCUUUUGGCUAUGGCGGCUGCUACGAUAGUUCAUGAUACAUCUGAAGCAGUUGAACUUUGUAGUUUGUAUGGAUUAUACCUCAAGCCAAUUACGAAAAUGACAAUUAGUGUGGCGCUUCCACAAUUGAAGCAACCUGGAAAAUCCAUUUCUAAUUGGGAGGUGAUGGAAAGAUUGAAAGGAAUGGUACAGAGUCAUCAAUUUUCCACUCUUCGAAUUUCUAAAAGCACUAUGGAUUUCAUCCGUUUUGAAGGAGAAGUUGAAAAUAAAAGUUUGGUUAAGUCUUUUCUUGCAUGUCUUGAUGGCAAAACAAUAAAGCUUAGUGGUUUCUCUGAUAUUUUAAAAGUUCGGGCUGCUGAGUUUAAAAUAGAUUUCCCAACUCGGCAUGAUUGGGACUCCUUUUUCCGUGAUGCAAAAGAUAUGAAUGAGACUCUGCCAGGAGAGAGACCAGACACAAUUCAUUUGGAAGGACUACCUUGUAAAUGGUUUGCAUUGAAAGAAUCUGGCUCAGAAAAACCAAAUGAAGAAGUUCUCAUUAAGGUAUUUGAGACAUUUGGAGAAAUUCGGAACGUGGACAUCCCCAUGUUGGACCCUUAUAGAGAAGAAAUGACUGGCAGAAAUUUUCAUACUUUUAGUUUUGGUGGACAUUUGAACUUUGAAGCUUAUGUUCAGUAUAAAGAGUAUGUUGGCUUUAUCAAAGCUAUGAAUGCCUUGCGUGGCAUGAAACUAAUGUAUAAAGGUGAAGAUGGCAAAGCAGUAGCCUGCAAUAUAAAGGUUUCUUUUGACUCAACUAAACACCUUAGUGAUGCCUCAAUUAAAAAACGGCAACUUGAAAGGCAGAAACUUCAAGAACUUGAACAGCAAAGAGAAGAACAGAAACGUAAAGAAAAAGAGGCUGAAGAAAGGCAAAAAGAAGAGGAAAGAAAACAGAAAGAAUUAGAGGAAUUGGAAAGAGAAAGAAAACGAGAAGAGAAGCUACGUAAAAGAGAACAAAAGCAAAAAGACCGUGAAGUCCGUCGAAAUCAGAAAAAAUUAGAGAAGAUACAAGCAGAAGAGCAGAAAAAAUUACAAGAGAAGAUAAAAUUAGAGGAGAGAAAAUUAUUGUUGGCUCAAAGAAAUCUUCAGUCAAUAAGAUUAAUUGCAGAACUGCUAAGCAGAGCAAAGGCAGUAAAAUUACUAGAGCAUGAACAGAAAGAAGAAAAAAUCCGCCUUCAACAACUUGAAGAGAGAAGACGGCUUCAGGAGGCUGAACUUAGAAGAGUAGAGGAGGAAAAAGAACGAGCUCUGGGACUCCAGAGGAAAGAAAAGGAACUAAGGGAGAGGCUGUUAAAUAUUUUGUUGAGCAAGAAAAUAGAUGAGACACAGCAGAGCAAGGAAGAAGCAAUGGCAUCUCAUUCUGCCCUAUUACAGCCUGUUAUCGAUAUUAUACAGUCGGUGUCUUCAAGCUGUGUGACUUCUACCUCCUUGCAUUCCCUCAUAGGUCAGCCAACUCAGAUCUGUCAGAGAGAAAUGCUGUCAAAUCAGGAGAUGAAUUUUAAUUCUAAAAAUGUGAAUGGAAACUUAAGUGAAGAAGUUCAGUGCAAAGAAAGUAAGAAACUUAACUGUAUUACAAGUGAAAGCUGUACAGAAAAAAAAUGUUCAGGUGUACUCUCUUGUAUUCCUGCCAAUAAUCAACAGCAAAAGGGUACACCUAAUUGUGACCAGAACAUGUCCAAAAAAGAUUCCUCUUCUGAACAAGACAAAUGUAAUAGAGAACCAAGUAAGGGGAAAAGCCGGUCCAGUAGAGACAGAAGUAUUGAGGAGAGGCAUAAAAGGGAUAGGAGCAGGCAUAGAAGGGACGCCAGUAAAGAGGAUGAAAGACAAAGAAAAGAAAGACGACUUCAUAGAAGACACUCUUACAAAGAUUAUAGUCCUCACCGAAGAAGUGUAAGUCCUGAUAGAUCUCGGUACCGGAGGUCCUACAGCAGAGACAGAUACAGUAGAAGGGAUAGAAGCCGGGAUAGAAGAAGUGUGGGCAGGAAGCGCAGUCGACGAGGGAGAUCCCGAUCCCUGAGCAAACACAGAAGUACUUGGAGCAGGUAGUAAAGGACUCUGCCUUUUCAAGGCCCACUUACAGGAUAGACCAGGACCAGCAAGAGGUUCUGAAGUUUGUGACUUCUUGACCACCUUAAGAAAACUGAGUCUCUGCUUAGUGAAUGUAAAGUGAACUCCUUUGUGAAAGGAAACACAAUUACAUUGGAAAUUUAUUUUCUUUUUUUAAGAUUGCAUAAUUAUUUGUGCUUCAGUUUCAACUGUGUUGGCAAUUUGUUUUUCAUUAGCUCUCCUUUUUCCUUUGAAAUAUUUUGAUCUGAUAGCUUUAAUGUCACCAGUCCUCUUUUAAUCAGGAGAAAUGUAUAGACUGACAGUUUAAGAAUUCCAGACCUACAACAUAAAUGUAUGCAAAAUUCUUGACUAAAAAUUCUUUAUGCACUCAAUGAAGUCAACAUGUACUGCAGAAAAAGGGCAAAUUUCAUUGAACUUGAGAUAAGUUGCCAAAUGUUAAGUGUUAUGAACAACCACAAAAACGUACAGGACAUUUAAAAGAAAAGAAGAACUUGCUAGUUUGAUUUUAUUUUGUAUUUAACUGAUUCAAAAACAUGGAGAUGGUGGAAAGAUGUGGGAACAAAAUGAUCAUGGCAUAGUAAGCCAUAUAUGAAAUGUAGGUAGAAUUCCUUUAAAAUUGAAAAUGCAAAUGCACUAUACUUUUUAAAGAUUCCAGUAAGUGGGAGUAUGGGACAUCGUGGUCUAUAUAUGCUCCAUUACUUCUGAAACAUGGACUCUUUACAAAUUAAAAUAAUUGAGAGUAAAAAGUUAGUUAAAAGCUUUUGUUUCUAGUACAAAUUAGUGUGUGCGUGGUUUUUUUAAGAAGCUGUUUUGCUAAAUUAUUUUUACUUGCAAUGUUUCAAACAGAUUCAAGGCUGCAAACUUGUUAAAUUUUAUAAUCUUUUGCUUCUCAAGAUGAAGCUCAGGAAUACUUUAAAGUAGUUGUAACCUUUGGGUUAUAAAAGGUUGUGUUUAUUCCAGUUUGCAUUUUUAUGGUGAAAUAAAAGCCUUUUUCAGUGAUAAGAAAUUCCUGUCUUUAUAUUUUAGUAGAUGAUGAAACAGCAUUUCUGUUUAUUCUUUGAGCAGUCAAGCACAUUUUUAAAACUCAUUUUCAUAUUUUUGGAGUUCACAGAUUGUGUUGAAAGCAUUUCAAAUUAUGAAUGAUUAUUAAUAUCCACUAAUGCAUCUGAUGAUAUUAAAGUUCAUUAUACUUAGUAUUGUAAAAUAAGUUUAUGGAUCCUCUUAGAAUAAUAACAGUGAUAAGAUCAUAUGUGGCACUUCACACUUAUAGAGUAUUUCCUUAGCAGUAAUCCUAUGGUAUUCAAUUAAUAGAAUGUCAGUAUAAAGCAUUUAUUAAAUUUACUAACAGUUCUUAUAGCCUUAAAAUGUGUUGUAGAGUAAUACAGGUUCCUUUAUGAACUCUUACAAAGUGGAAGUAGUAAUUGCUUCAUUUGUCUGUAUUUAAUUGAAUCAUUCUACCCUUUCCAUUGUGGGCCUUGCUUGUUCCUUUAUAACCCAGAUUUAUGCAAUUAAAAAUCCACCAGACAAGAUUAGAAGUAACCUUUUUACUCCAUAAUACAGACAGAAUAGAACAUUUUCCUUUUACUUUAUAAUCUGUUCUGUUUGUUUGCAAGUGCAAUUCUGGACAAGACUUGGAUAUGCCCAUGGAGCUCUGUCUGACUACUUUAGAGAUUAUAAUUCUAAGGACUCCAAUGAUAGGGCCUUCAAUAUUUCUCAGCUGUUAGUAGUUUUAAAUAAGUUCCAGCAUGCUAUACCAAUUACAGCAUCUUUCUGGUAACAUUAAAAAAAAAAUGGCACAUGUAAAUUAUUGUCAUAAUAAAUAACAUUAAGAAACCUAAGAUGAAAUUGAAGAAUUUAGGUGAAGAAAUGAGGGCAUUGAUAUCAUAAUCUGGAUCCUAGAUCAUUCUUAUUUACUUUUCCAGGCCUGAAAUAGCCUGUCACCUUGAUUACACAGAGAAAGAUUAUCCAGUUUCCCUAGGAUUUUUGAUUCUUUCCUUUGAUACUGCAAUAUCGGUCAUUCUAUAAUCAUUAUCAAUAAACAAGAAUAUAUAAAAAGGGAGGAAGAAAUUUUAGUUGAUUUUGCUACUGUUUAAUAAAUAUUUUGUAUAGUGGAAAAGGCACAUAAUUGGAAGUUGGGAGAUUCGAUUUUUAGUCCCAGCUCUGCCACUAACCAGCUGUGUGAUCUUGGGCAAAUCACUUCAUCUUUCUGGGAUUCCUUUCCUUUUCAGUAAAGUUUAGUUGAAUUAUUUUUAAGGUAGAUUAUUUUUAAUGUCCUCUUCAACUCUCAAAUUAUGUUAUGAUUGUUUAAUAGCAUAAGUCCCUCAAUUCAGUUUCUUCCCUUUUGCGUCUUUCUCUUCAUUAUUAAGGCAUGCUACUUUUGAAAUAAAUUGGCAUUUAAGUUAGUUCUGAGGUGAUUUUAAAUUUUGGGGGGAAAAUCUGGGGAGUAAAGGAAACAGUUAACAAUCUCUUGGCUCCUGUUUUUGGGAGAGAUGGAAGAUCCAUUUUCACUCUGAAUCCUAGGAAUGUUGUCUUCACUAGCUUCCUUGCUAUACUUAAGAAUGAGAGGUUAA